UUGCGUCGCUACGCGGCGCUACACAAUCUUUGAUUUAUAUCUCAGGACGUCUAGCACACGUUAUGUAUGUAUGUACACUGUACAUGUACGUCCGUAUACACAGCAGAAGUACAGUACAGCUGGACUUCCGAGCUUGGAGUGUACGUGCAGCGCCAGCGCUCGUCGGAGCGGCCGGUUGAUUAUCAUAGCACUCAAUUCGGCGGUGGAGAUCAGGCCACUAUGGAGCAGCAUAGUGAGGUGGUCUUCAUCCUCUCCGCUGAGGAGACAGAACUACUGAAGGAUGGCAUCAACCUCAUCAACAAGUCCGAGAAGGAGCGGUACAUCAUCUUCAAGGAUCCCACUGCAGAGAACACAGAGGAUGAGCCGGCAAGUGCCCACAUGUUCAAGGCUUGCCUGAACAGGUGCAAACACCAAGGGGGCACUUUCAUCAAGGAUAUCGAAGACGGGGACAAUUGUGUGUUACGCUGCACCAAACAUGGAUGGAAGUUAGAUGCAAAGACAAUGCGAUACGUGAACCCACCUGAUAGCUUCAGCCAAGAACAAUUAGUUCCUGAGUUGAAUGAUGAUGGCACCCUGAGCAUAGUGGAACUUAGGCCGCCCCAACCGUGGGAGACAGACAAGAGACCACCCGCUCCUCUCCGAGUUGGAGAAGUGCAGAUCACAUAUUUCACUCAUGCCUGCAUUGAGAUGAAAUUGGGAGGUGUCACCAUGUUCACUGACCCUUGGUUGACGGGACCUGCCUUUGCUCGUGGUUGGUGGCUGAUGCAUGAGCCGCCAUCUGAUUGGUUGGACAGGCUAGCCAAAGCUGACCUCAUUUACAUAAGUCACCUUCACUCGGACCAUUUAAAUUAUCCUACUCUUGAGCUGUUGUCUGAACAGAACCCAGACAUUCCUAUUUACGUUGGGGACACAUCCAUGCCGGUCUUUGUAAAGUUAAAACAGAGCGCAAUUACGCUGAACAACAUCCACGUUGAGAAGUUUGGUAGAUGGAUCGAGAUCAACAGAGAUCUGAGGUUCAUGAUCAUGAUGGAUGGAGUGCAUCCUGAUAUGGACACCUGUCUGCUGGUAGAUUAUAAAGGUCACCUAAUUUUAAAUACAGUGGAUUGUACCAAUCCCAAUGGGGGCAGGCUCCCCAAGAGGGUUGACCUGAUGCUGAGCGACUUUGCCGGAGGGGCGUCAGGUUUCCCAAUGACAUUUACUGGAGGAAAGUACACAGAGGAAUGGAAAGCACAGUUUGUGAAGCGUGAGAGACGCAAGUUGUUGUACUAUAAGAUGCAGCUAGUGCGAGAGGUUUCGCCAAUCGUCUAUUGCCCCUUUGCGGGUUACUUUGUCGAGGCACACCCUUCUGACCAUUACAUAAAGUCAACAAACCUUAAGAACGACCCCGAUGCACUCAAUGGGCUUAUCAACAAGUACUCACCUAACAUCAAGACUUGGAGUCCAAGACCCGGGGCCAUGUUGGACCUGCAAAAAGCCAUACAAGGAGAUAGUGACUACGUCCAGGAUCCUCCUCCAGGCACCAAGAAGUACAAAGACAGCUGGAAUUUUGAGAAGUACCUCAACGACAUCAACAAGAAUAUAGAGGACGAGAUCUUUGCCUACCCAGAAUGGACUCGAUUCUACUACCGAUGGACAGGCUUUAAGAACUACAACCUUGUCAUCAGAAUGAUCGAGCGAGGGGAUGAUUUCGAGCCUAUCCCUGGAGGCUACGAUUUCAUGGUGGACUUCUUGGGAGAGGAACCUACAUUCCCGACAGAGCGACCAUCUCGCGCGCACAACUAUCUGGAGAUGAAGAACCGCAUUGGCGUACACCGGGAAACAGUGAAAAAAGGUCUCUUCUGGGACAACCUGUACAUUGGGUUCUGCAAUCGCAUCUCUCGAGAACCAGACACAUUUCACUAUUUGUUCUGGAACCACAUGCAGAUUCUCCUACCGAGAACAGAACCAGACUGGGACGGUUUCUUGAAGGAGAUGAAGACCAGAGGGGCACAGAGAAAGGAUGUCUGGAAACCUAGCCAAGUAAUCACCUCCACUGAUCACUACACUCAGGGUAAUGGCACCACUGGGAUCGGCAGCCAUCACAGUUUUAGUGCAACUACAUGUAGUAACGGCUUUGGAGCUUACCCCUCUACAGGGGACCCACCCCUUUCCCCAUAUGGCAGUGCAGUGGUCAGGCACUGGCAAGGGGCACUGGUGAUAGGUGUGACUGCACUUGUCGUGGGCAUGGCACUGUGGAAACUGAAGGCCAAAUAGUUAGAUUUUUCAGCCUGAUAACCUUCCGUCUUGGCUGAAAGAGUAUGCUUCCUAAAUCAUCACUAAGUAGCUGAAACUACACGUCCUGGGAAUGUAAGUUGAUCAGCUGGUAGUAUUAAGCAUAAAACAGGGUUUUUUGAUAUCUGCAUCCAUGCAAAGCUACUCCAUGUCUUUUUAUGUGUCUGCGCAUUUGAGCUGAAUCCAGCUUUUUGCCUGAAAUGUACAGAAGUUUUUAAACACAAUCUACCAAGAGGCUUUACAAAGAUUUUAUUUUAUGUCACAAAGUGUGUGUUAUUAUGUCACUGCAAUGUAUGUCAUGAGUGUAUUCAUAGUUUUAUUUCAAAGUGCUGUCUGUAAUAUAUUUACCACAUUGUUGGGAGUUGUAAAUACCAGUAAGAGUUUAUUUCCUGAAUGCAGUGGUCCGUGUUUAUUCAGAAUGCCAGGUGUCAAACCUAUGGCAUUCACAGUUCCAAAUACAUGUAUAUGGUGCACUGGGAACCUCUCAGUACACAGAACCAUUGUUGCAAUGGGUCAUCCUUCCGGGACAUCCGGGAUGCUGUUCUUAUUCAGAACAUCUUGGAAAUACCAGAUGCAUAUAUUUCCAUAGCCCACCUGUGAUUUGGACUGAGAAAUUCCAUCACAAAAUCUAUUUUCUUGUGUAGAAUGCUAGACCUCUCAAGCUUUCUACCCAAGACAUUUUGACAGUCUCCCUUACAAAUCCUUUUGUGUGUGUCAUAUUAUCAAGAUUGUCAUUUUUCAUACCAAAGAUUUUUAAAUCCAUGUUUUUUAGAAAUGUUGAGCAGAGCUAUGUUUCAAGUACGAACCCUCUGUUGAUAGCUUUAUGACGGAUUUUACAUCAUAAAGACAUAAUCAAGAUUUUUUAAGAACAUUUGAAAUCUACUUAUGUGUAUUUUAAGUUUGGUCACAUUUUAAGUCAUUUUCUACUGGCCACAUAGAUUUAAUCAGUAUCAAAUUUUAUGUUGAGUCAAAAAUGCUCUUUCCUGCCAAGUUAUUUUUAUUUUAUUUUGGUCGCUGGACAAAAAUCCCUUCUGUGUGUCUGUGUUUUGUUUAUGUGCGAAAAAAAUUGUGUCAGCUCGAGGGCAGAUUAGAAAAAUCCAAAACAAAAGAGUUGACUGUCUAUGUCAGUUGAAAAAAAUAUAUGCAUUGACUUGUAACUUGGAAACAGGGUUAACAUUGAUCAAUUUUGUUUUAAUAAGCAAGCCCUUUUUGUCAAUAAGUCAAUACGGGCGUUUCACAGUAGUGUGCCAGUCACAAUGCAUGAAAUUUGUCGACCCAGUGCGUGUUCGGA